UCAUAUAUAUAUAUAUAUAUAUAUAUGUUGGACUACAAUAAUAGCCAGGUGGUCUGUAUAGGUAAUACUAAUUUACAUAGGCAUACUAAAGAAUCUAUUUCUGAGAUCACAUCGACAACUGACUCGUCGUUUAUGAAAAGGCCUACAAACACAUAAUAUUUAAAUCAGGUUCCUCGUACAAAUAAGUAUACCUAUAGCCGGACGGCGAUUCUAUGGUACACAAAUAUACCAGCUCGACACGUUUGCUUCACAACAAUAUCGUGUUUGUUAUGGAAAUCGUGUGUGAUUUUAAGAAGCUCCGCGUUGGGUGGGUAUUAUAAUAUGCCUCGGACCCUGUAACGUGGGCUUGUGUUUGAAAACAGUGUACCUAUAAAAAGAGACGGUUUCGUCGGAGAACGAUUUUAGUCUGUCGAAAUGCAUUGCCCGGAGCGGUACGUCAAAAACAACGGUAUACAGCAGAGGGAAGCCAAGGAUGCCCUGACUGCGUAUAUCGAGAAAAUGGUGUGGACGUCAAACGAAACGGUUUUGGACAUAGGAUGUGGACCGGGCGACGUGACGUCGGAUAUCCUUUAUCCUUUUUUGAAAAAUAAAAUCAAACAGUUGAUUGGCGUCGACAAAUCCGUAGAAAUGGUAGAAUAUGCUAAGAGUUCCUGUGGACGCUCCGACAUGGAUUUCAAAGCUCUGGAUAUCGAAAAACCCAUCCACUGCGGUUCUUCAUAUUUGCGCGGAUUCAACAAAAUAUUUUCGUUUUUCUGCUUUCACUGGAUUCAUAAUAAAGUCGAUUCCUUGCUUAAUAUGCACUUGAUGUUGAAAAGCGGUGGAGAAAUUUUGAUUAACUUCCUGUUGAUCAAUCCGUUGGUCGAAAUGUAUAAAAUUCUGGACGAAGAAUGGCAACAAUAUAUUAAAGAUAUAAAGCAGAUGUCACAAGACUCAUUUUCCCAAGACGAAUUAAGAGAAAUGUUCAUCAAGGCUGGAUUUCGUAUCAUCAACAUUGAAUCAAGUGUCAAAACAUAUACAUAUCCAAACUACUCAUCAUUUUUAGAUGCCGUCAGAGCUGUAGAUGAUAUGUACAGCAAUUUGCCACAACAUUUACAUGGCAGAUAUGCCAUACACGUUAAAGAUAAAAUAUGUGAGAAACAAAUGGUUGAUAUAUGUCCGAAUACAGGAGAAGUAAUUCUGAGAUAUCUUCCUAUUACUGUGCACGCUGUCAAAGAUUAAAAUUUAAAACUACAGGAAUAUUACUUAUAUCUUAAUAAUUUAUAAGUACCUACUUAACCUACAUAUACAUAGGUAUAC